GCACAGACGCCGGUAGGUGAGGAGUGUUUUAUUUUCGAACUGUCAAAGUGAACGGUGUUAAAAAUACCACACAAACUGUGCACUCGCGUGAAUCGUGAUAUGAUUUAAAUCCGGUUUAAUCGUAAAGUGACGUUCAUAAGUUCUCAAUAAUACUUGUAAACGCAGUUGUCAAGGAACAACAUCGUUUGGACGUCACGUUGCGAAAGUAAUUUUGUAACCGGUCCUGUCUAUUUUGAAAAUCUUGGAACAACACCCUGUACGUGUCCAGUUAAUCGAUUUCUUCUCAAAAUGGCUCCGACUGUCUGCCUGUCGGAGCUCCCAGCAAUAAGAAAACCAAUAAUUCCCCGUCGAAGGCAAAGAGUCCACAAUGGAGCCAUAGUGAAGCAGCAAAAGCUAGAAUUAAGAAGAUUAGAAGCGAACGCCUCUCUAACCCCACCGGAAAGCCCUCUCUGGGAACCGGAAUGUCCAGGUGAAUCCUGUGCAAGUAUAGUCAGUUCCUCUUCCCCAAGCGUUUCCGCCAGAGUCCCAAGAGACAUAGAGAAACACUGGAAAAUAUUCCUAGCUCGACGAAAAGGUCUUCUUGACAUCGUCGUUCGCACAAUGGCCCUCGUCAGAAGAAAUAAUAUUCUUCAGGAAAGAGUAAAUGCUCUCAGAGCUGAAACUAGAGAUUUCAUUCAUUCGGUAUUGAACAAUCCAGAGAAUAAGUGUAUUCAACAAAGACUAGACUGCAAGGAAACGGAUGUAACUUCCUCUACAGAGAACGUCGUCUCCAGAUCACCGUCCCUUCCUCCUACACCAGACUCAACAAAUGAUGAUGUCUCAUCGAGCAGUGAUCAUGAUACUGAAGAAUCUUGCGACGACGAAGCGUAAAUGUUAGGUGUAGAAAGAGAAGAGUGUAAUAUACGAAUGAAAUUUGAAAAUAUUAAGCGGUUCGUGAAUCAAGAAGAGAUUAUAUAGAUUUGUAGGUAAUGUAUAUUAAAACGACUAAAUUCUUAAAGAAUUUCAAGUUUUAAGCUUCUUUUUCACACAUCAGUAGAUUGUAAGCUGUGCACCAUUUCAAUUUUAUGAAAUAGUUGUAGGGAAACUUACAUUAUUCAUAGAAACUAGCCAUUUCCAUUUUUGAAAUCUUUCUUUUAUGUUAGGUGUACAAAUCAAUUCGGUUUAUUCGUUUGUUUCUUAAUUUUUAAAAGUUGCUUCACUUUGCAAAUAUACAGAAGCGCGUGAAAAUUUAAAAUAACGCUAAAGACACUGAAUUAAUUUGUACAUCUAUACAUAUAGUAGUAUAUAUGUAGUUGCAUAUAUAUAUUUUAAUGAUUGAAAAAGAAUCUUAUCCUUAGGAUUUACAAUACAAACUUACAUAAUUAAAUACCUUAUGUAUCAAUGAAAUAACUAUCUAAAGGACUGUAAAAAUAUCAUGAUAUCAGUUCAGCAUAACUUGUAACAUAGAAUAAUUAAUUAAUAUUUUUUGUGAACCAUUGAAGACAAAGGAAAAUUAGAAUUAUAAAAAAAAUGCCCUGCAAAAUUGGUGGCUGUGAAAUUUGUAUUUUGCACGUGUACUUUGCCUCUUUCGCUUUGAUUAAAUUGUACAUCUUUUCAAUUAAUGAAAUUAACACUUUAACGAUCACGGUUGCAUAUAAUUUUGAGAAAGAGGUUAUUUUUUCUUUGUUUAUCGAUCGUGGGUGAUAUAUGUACAUAUGUAUUAGAAAUGUAUUAAAAAUUAAUUCGGUGCCGUUUCAUGGUAAUUCCAAUUACUGAAAUCAUAUUCUGGCACUAUUUUUCAAAUCCACCAAAACGCGGGAAAAUUUAAAAUAGUGAUGCUAAAGACACCGAAUUAAUUUGUAUAUACACCUAAUAUAUUUUGCCAUAAAUACUUGUUACAAUUUCACCUAAAAGCAAUGUUAAAUUCCGCGUUUGUAAAGCUAACUUUGUGAUCGUGUGAUAAUCAUAGUAUUUCUCACAUGUAUGUGAUAAUAAAUCGUCUUUGACGCAAUUUUUUUUUUUCUCUUUUCAUACUGAAAUUAACAUGGACGUACUGUAUGUCCUGAUUAUAAAAGCAAUACACAUAGUUGUAGUUUAUUCUGCUUAAAUUCGAUCGACGAACAAAGUUUGUUGCAUCGCAACAUUAUUCAUUGAGAAGGCGUGAUAUUAAAUGUUAGACCGAUCAAUUUAUUUUAUAUAAAAAUAAAUUGAUUUCCUACGAAUGGUCUAAUUUUUUAUUUUCACGCUUCAAUUUCUUAGCAUAUCAAGCUCUUCUUUUUUAGUGUAAGAAUGAACCAAAUCAACUGUUAACAAUCAUGUAAAAACAAUGAUUAUAAAUUAGACUUUAGGUACUUCUGUAUUUUGUAACGAUACAUGUAAAACACAUUUAAAAGUAAAUCGUUAAGAUUAAUUAAUAAAUUAUUAGGCAUACACUGAAGUAUGAUCUCAAGCUAUAAAAGUUUCUAAGAAAUUAUUUUACAAUGGCAUAGAAUCUGUGUAAAAUGAACCUUUGAUUAAAAUUUUCACAAACUAAAUAUUCUUCAUAUUGCUCAUUAAACAUCAUUAACAAUUAUUAUCGUAAGAGGUAUUUAACUUUUUCAAAUUAUUUAUUUAUUUAUUUAUUUAGAUACAUUAUGUUCAUCACUUGAAUAGUAUUAUAAUAUCCUGUCUAUCAGUAAAAUUUCGUGAAAAAAUAAAUGAUAAUUUCAAUAAAUAUUUGAUCGAUUAUUCAUCACAAAUAUACAGCUAUCCCAGUUUAACAAUAGAAUCUUGUACAAAAUCCCAUGUAACAGUAAUAUAAAUGUAUUUACAAUGCUUAUAAACUUUAAUAAAACAAUGAUCCCACAUAUAAAAAAACAUUAAUGUGCUUCUGGUGAUUGCGAUAGAAGAACGAUAAGGACCCAAAAUUGUAGCAAUGCCUGUAAAAUGUUUAAAAGAAUAUAAAAAUGAACUUCUGAAGUA